AUCACACACUGUAUCUCAAUAAGCACAAGAAAUUAUGUGAUUAAUCAUGUAAUAUCUGUCAUUCACACUGAAGUGUAAGCUCCAUGAAGAUAAGAACUGUGUCUGUGUCAUUUUUGUCGUUUUUCUGUAUUAUUUGUGGCACCAAGUAUAGUUCCUUACACAUAAGUACUCAGUAAAUAAUCAAUGUAAGAUUAUGGCAAAUAAAUGCCAUAAUCAGGAGUUGAAUGCUCGUCUAUUAUAAUUUCAAAACCUUCCUUCUUUAAAUUACACCAUACACAAAACCUAACAGGAAGUAUUUCUUAAAGAAAUUACACAAGAGGCUCUUCCUCAACUCUAUUUCAGUUCUAGAUUGGCUAUCUAACUAUAAAAGUUACUCAUUAAUCUUAGGCACUGGCUAGAGUAUAGUUCUGGGAUAAGGAACUGAAAAUCUUCAAGAAAUCUCUCCAGUUUUGUGUGGGUAGGAUCUUCAGAGACGUCCUACCUUUUGGAGCAGCUGUUGUUGAAGAAAAGUGGUGAGACAGGCUCUAGGACUACAUGUCCCAUUAGGAAACUUUACCAGAAUUAGACACACCUGCUGGUUUACCAGUUUCUGACUUCCUGCUCAGCUAAAAAGACUUGUUUUGUGAAAAAGCAAAACUCAGCAGCAACCAUCUAAAAUGAAGAGCCCUCAAACUUUUGAGGAGCAAACGGAAUGCAUUGUGAAUUCUCUACUCGCAGACUUCUUAGGCACCACGUUACAGGUUGCUAACCGGGAGCUACGUGGUGUAGACAUACCAGAUUCAGGAGAGGAGUGCUCUUUUGACGUGGCCAUCAUUGCUGGCCGCCUGCGGAUGUUGGGUGAUGAGUUCAACGGAGAAUUGGAAGCUUCUGCCAAAAAUGUCAUUGCAGAAACCAUUCGGGGACAGGUCAGGUUUUUACUACUUCUUUCUAUUGUUUGCUGCUUUUUUCCUACUUCAGGCACGCUUUUCUUACUAUUUACAACUGUGACUAGAAAUGUUCUGUGAAAGAUUGGGGGGCUUACAUUCAUCCAAGGAGAUACAGCAGGAAUUCUCCAAUUGUCAGUUCUUUAGGAGUUAAUAAAAGCUGAAGUGGUAUUGAGAUGGAAAGCUUUUGGCACAGGCUGAUCAACCUUCAGAUUGUUUCCAUUUGUUUUUCAUCAGAGCUGUGCUUAGUGGCAUACAGCACAUCUAUAGCAAUUUAUCUGUGGAAAAGCACUUUAUUCUUUUAUGCUCCUGUUUUAAUAUUUAUUUUGCCGGAAAUGGGCAUCUUUGCCCCCCACUCCCAAGGUCCAGCAAUGAAACUAUACAAGAAGGAUAGGCAGUUGACAAGUCUGAUGCAAUGAAGGGUAAGUACUUAAAGCAGCCCACUAGGGUUUUCAUCAGAAUGCUGAUUACUGGCAGUAGAACUUCAACUUUGUAUUGCAUAUAAAGACCAUAGACAAUGUUCUAGAAGAUGUUGCUGAUUAGUAUCAACAAUGACAGCUAAUAUUAACUCAUCACUUACCAUGUACCAGAUAGUAUUCUAAGUGAUUUACACUUAUUAUCUCAUUGAAUCCUUACACCUCCUA